AUGUCCUCCGCUGAGUCUGAUGGCAACCAACAGCCGGGGCUCAUCGCGCUUUGUGUCGUGAUGCUUGUAUUGGCUGUGGUCUCGGUCGCCCUCCGCUGCUGGUCUAUCUGGGGCUCGCGCACUCACAAGUUUGGUUAUGACGACGCAUUUGCCAUCCUAACAUUGCCCUUCAUCAUCGCCGAGUCGGCCCUCAUAUUCUACUGGAUCUCCCUGGGGUUGGGUCGUCAUUCAGCCACUUUACCCGUCAGCAAUCAACUCGCGGGCCCGAGGAUUAUCUUCGCCGCUGCCUACUUGUACGAUGCAUGCAUAACCUUGCCCAAAUUAUCGGUGCUAUGCUUCUACGACCGAGUGCUCAGACGGGGAGCUACCUGGGUCCGGCCUACGCUCUGGGCGGUCGGUGCGCUCUGCCUUUGCUGGCUGAUAGGCGCCUGGUUGGCGACCACCUUCCAGUGCUCGCCCGUUCAUGCCUCGUGGAAAGCCGUUCCCGACGCUAAAUGCUUCACGCAGUGGAAAUUCUUUACUGGGACUGCUGCACCCAGUGCGAUCCUGGAUAUAAUUAUCCUUUUGAUCCCGCUGCCACUUCUCUGGUCGUUGCACAUGACUAAGACGAAGAAGUUCAUGCUAACUGGCCUCUUUAUUUGCGGUUACUCGGUGGUCAUUUUGUCUGUCGGUCGCCUCGUUACUCUCCUCAAGGCCGGCUCUGCCUUGGAAGCCGACCUGACUUGGAGCACCAUCGAAUAUAUCUGCUGGGUGCAGUGCGAAGGCCCGAUUUCUCUUAUGUCCGUCUGCCUCCCUAAUAUUAUGGAACUCGGACGCCGCCUGCGAAACAAGAAUAAGCAACCCAGUACCAGCAUGUCAUCAUCUGCGAGCAAGCAAACUGCGUCGGACUUGUUGAGUGGCAACCGAUCAUUCCGUCCUCUCGAAGAAGACAGACAAGCCAUCCUGAUGGACCGCAUUUCGGGGACUCCGAACAGACACCACUUUAAAACCACCAUCGAAGCAAAGCGAUCAGUCUCAGAGUGGGAUAGUGUCUGA